AAACUUGCAAGUGCAGUCUAUGAGUAUUUCAAAGAACCGAUUCCUCCGCAUCUUAAGAUUCGAAUAGACGUUGGAGAAUUUAUUCUUCAACUUAGUGUAGUUGAGAAUGAUGAAGUUAUUAUCUAUGGUGAUAGAUUUAUUGAUUUUACUCUAAGUGUUCGAAUUACAAAAGGGAGUAGAUUGCACUUGGAGUUUUUUGAUGGUUACGUCAU